AUGUCGGGUAAGAUUGACGUGCCACUGACGACCAGCGAGCGUCUCCAGCAGUACAAGGAGAAGUUCGGCGAGGCCCUGCGCCAUCCGGAUGCCCCGGAGUGGUACAGCCGCGAGCACAACGAGAAGCUCAAGGCUGACCUGCUCUGGUCGGCCCCGUACGACGCCCGCUUCCCCCAGAUCCGCAAGCAGCGCCAGUGCUUCGCCUACUACGUCGACUUCCACCGCUGCAAGGAGCUGAUGGGUGAGGACUACAAACCCUGCAAGUUCUUCCAGAAUGUCUACAAGGACUUCUGCCCGGGCUUCUGGGUUGAGAAGUGGAACGAGCUUGUUGACGAGGGCCGCUUCCCCGCCAAAUUCGACCGC